AUGGGGUUUGAAUUUAUAUCAUUGAGACUAAGGUUGCAUGUUCUACUGAUUGAGCCAGCCAGGACUGCUCUCCAUUUGGCCUGUGCCAAUGGCCAUCCAGAUGUUGUUGCUGUCCUAGUGGAGAGGAAAUGCCAGCUUGACCUCUUUGAUAAAGAUUAUAGGACUGCUCUGAUGAAGGCUGUACAAUGUCAGAAUGAGAGAUGUGUGACUAUUCUUCUAGAACACGGUGCUGAUCCAAAUCUUACGGACAUUGCUGGCAAUACUGCUCUCCACUAUGCCGCCCUUGGUUCGAAUACAUCAAUAGCAGAGAAGCUGCUUCUACACCAUGCAAAUAUUGAAGUGAGAAACAAGUGACCCAUUUGGAUCAAGAGUGCCUUAUGUUGCCAUCUGGGAUCCUGAUACCAUUGACAGAAGAGAAUCAAGCAUGUUUGUGUAACCUGGAG